UAGGCAGCAUCCCUGCGGUCCCAGCGCUCACUCUCUCUUUCUGUCUCACUCUCUGAGCUGCCCGCCUGAAUACAGUCUACAGCCGUGAGUGCAACUGAGUUACCACAGACAGACAGAGAGCAGACUGGCUGGUUGGACCGGCGCGUUUCCGAUACAACACUGCAUCAUUGUCUCAGAGCAGAGGGAAGGCAGACUUUAGCACAGGUACAUACUGGUCUUCACAGAUAGAGGCAGACAUGUUGUUUAAAUUUGCAAUAGUGUUGCUGGUUUUGUCAGUUUUGGAGCAAGUGGUGGGAUUGGAUAAUAUUGAUGUUCAUGACAACCCGUCAGAGAAACCGGCAAGCCAGAAAGGACGGAUGUCUCUGCAGAACACAGCUGAGAUCCAGCACUGUCUUGUGAGUGCAGGAGACGUGGGCUGCGGUGUGUUUGAGUGUUUUGAGAACAACUCCUGUGAGAUCAGAGGCCUGCAGGAGAUCUGUCUGACCUUCCUACACAACGCCGGAAAGUUCGACUCCCAGGGUAAGUCGUUCAUCAAGGAUGCUCUGAAGUGCAUGGCCCACGGCUUGAGACACAAGUUCAGCUGCAUCAGCAGGAAGUGCCUGGCCAUUAAAGAGAUGGUUUUCCAGCUGCAGAGAGAGUGUUACCUCAAACACAACCUGUGUUCUGCAGCCAAGGAGAAUGUUGCUGUCAUGGUGGAGAUGAUCCACUUCCAGGACCUCUUCCCUAAAGGGCCGUAUGUGGAGCUGGUCAACAUCCUACUGAGCUGUGGGGAGGAGGUGAAGGAGGCCUUAACCAGAAGCGUCCGGCUGCAGUGUGAGCAGAACUGGGGGGCUCUCUGUGACAGCCUGAGUGUCUGCUCUUCCCUCACCCCCCCUCCCGGUCAGGCCCCCGCCUCCCCCGACCACCGCCGCCACAGGUCCCCCCACUCCGAGCCAGACCACCCCAGACCCCCCCGACAGGGGGACAAGGACAAGCCCAGUAAAGGCGGCUUCAACGCCCACCCCCGCAGCCGCAGCCAGGGUCCCCGUCGACAGAGCCCCGAGGCUGGGGUGGUGGCGGAGCAGGAAGGCCCUGAGGCCACAGACAUCCGGAGGUGAAAGAAACAUUGGACCCAAACUAUCCAGAGCUCUCCCUGACUGUGUCACCAUCAUAGCCCCCCCCCCCCCGCACA